CGCGUCGACUACGACGGAUACUUUCAGGAAUUCUACAGUAUUGCGCAUUCGUUAUCUACACUUCCGUUUCUCUCAUUUAGAGAGGGAACUCUCACAAGAUGUCUCUCUUCGGUGGCUCAGCAUUCGGCGGUGCUGGCCAAAACCAGCAGCAAUCCGGCGGUGGACAGUUUGGCGGACUAGGACAACAGUCACAGCAAAACAAGCCUCUCUUUGGGUCAAGCACGACUGGAACUGGCGGCGGCGGUGGUGGUGGCCUCUUUGGAUCCUCUACGGCACAGAAUCAACCACAGCAACAGACCAGCGGUGGACUUUUUGGCCAGAGUAGACCCGCAGGAACGUCCCUCUUCGGCGGAGCCCAGCAACAGCCGCAGCAGCAACAGCAGCAGCAGCAACAAACUGGCGGGCUUUUCGGAUCCUCAGUGGGACAACCAAGCGCCACACAUGCCAUCUGGGACCAAGGCAAGCCUUCAACAUCUCUUUUCGGCUCAACCCUCCAGCCGGCACAACAACAAGCCCAGGCGCCUCAACCCGGCCUCUUUGGCCAGACCACCGUCAAUACUUCUUCUCUAUGGCAACCUGGCAGCGACGUGGCGCCUCGCCAAAAGACCAUCCCAGAACAAAUGCAACUUAUUGCAGAAAAAUGGGACCCCAACUCCGCCAACUGCGCAUUCCAGCAUUACUUUUACAACAAAGUGCCCGCCGAGCAAGCACCAUACUACCGGCCCCCGCCGGACGAGGAUGAGAAAAAGUGGGAAGAAGCACUGUCGAAAAAGCCCAUUCCAAACACAAUUCCCGUACUCGGCAAAGGCUUCCAGCUGCUUGGCCGCCGCCUUGAGGUCCAAGUCGCGCAUGUCAACGUUCUUCAAACUCGUCUUCACGAAAUCAACAAUACCCUUACCUCGAUGCUGCAAAAUCUCGAUCUCGUCAUCUCCAUCCGCACCAUGGACGCUAAACGCCGCCACGUCUCGCUCAGUCACCGCUGUCUCUCGCUCGCGACCAAAGUCCAAGUUCUGCGCAACCGAGGCUACGCCAUGGACGCAGUUGAGGAGGAUCUACGCAAGAAACUUCUCACUCUAGAGCGUGGCGUCUUUGACCCGGCCCUCGUGGGCAGAGGAGAGGAAAUCUGGGCUAGAAUGGUGGGCGUCCGAGAACGCGCCAGAGUGUUGCAAGAAGAAUUAGACAAGGCGGGGCGAAGUGCCGCGAAUGGAACCGGUCAAGGAGACAGUGUUGACGAGGAGGUUGUCAAGAAAGCCACCAAGAUUCUACAAGACUACGCUGCCCAACUUGCACAUCUCGACAAGGAACUCACCCAGAUUCAGUCCGACUUUACGAUAUGGGAGAAGAGUACUUUUGUUCCAAACGAUUCAAAGAAACAAUAGAGCAAUUAGACUCCGUCUUCUUUCCCCACCUCUCUAGCCCUUCUUUUUGCCUUCCAGGGUGUCUUCCCCUUCAUCACAAUCUUCCAUUCUCCAUCUUUCAUUUUCCAUCUCGCUUUUCCAUCAUGCUCAUUCUUCACACUUCAACUCUCGUAACUUUGGCUUCACUUCUCUUCAUUGAAUCAAAUCAAGCUAGGGCGCAUGGAUAUCAAAUAAAUAUUUACUUACUGUCUACUUAAUAGCUUUUUGCACAUAUUUCUGCUCGACUUCGUGAUCAUCUUAUUUAUUUUGAUA